AACUUCGCGCUCUUACGCACUUCCCCUCUGUUUGGAAGACGUGAUGGCGGUAUCCCGCUAAGCGCGCGAGCUGUCAAUCAUCCGUAUGUCGAAUGACGUCACGAAGGAUUUGCUACAAUGUCAAACAUCGGCGAGCAGCGCGUGCUCACCAUGACACCCAGCACCUGGCUAGCCUGCCAACACCAGACUCCGUUUACAUUUUAGGGGGUUUUACGUCGUCGUCAUGUGGUCCAGGUCUAUGUGAGCCAGGUCAGAGGUCAUGCUGCGGGGGAACUCCCACGGCCUCUUUUCCUCCGAAGAGACAUCCGACAAUGACUGUGAGGUGGGGAGGAGGCGCGAUGGUCCAGAUGUGUCAUGCAUGUGCCAGGUCACUCCCUGCCCACUUUAUUCCGAAGCACACGUGUCUUCAUCGGAGGUGGUGCAGUGUGAACUCUGUGGAAGAAACCCAGUUGUGAUGACCCGCUACUCAGAGGGAUACGGAACAGAGGAGGAAUGUGUGCUGUCCGACCCUCAGGGGGAAAGCGACGCAGACGCCGACAUCGAGGACACGGACUGCAGACUCCAAGAGCCCGGCACUCUGCAGCGAAUCAGCUCACGGCGACGCAAACGACAGCGUGUGGCGCGGCAGGAUACCACAGAGAGCGAAGACGACGGCGGUCGGAGUCACGGGUCACAUCGCUGGAAUCUGCGGCUCAGUCCAGAUAGGUCACAGAGCCGCACCAUCCUGGAGGAGAGCAUCUCACAGGUGAGGCCGCUCGUCAUCAAGCAGGACAAGCAAGUGGAACCGGCUAAAACAAGCCAAGAACCUCUGGUGUCUGCGUGGGUGCCGCCGCUCUCUUCCCCGCUUGUCCUCCUCUUCUUGCUUGUCCUGGCUGCCGCCAUCGCGUCCUUCCUGCUCACAUGGGUCAGAACCUGACAGGCAAGAGUCAAGAGUCCACAUCAAGCACAAACACAUUUGUCAUUCCUGUCAUUGUUCUGUUAAGUGUCACAUUUCAAUCUUGAAGUCAAGCAAAAGCGGACCCCGUUUGGACCCUUCUAGAAGUCAUUCAGUCAACAUCAUGUUGUCACUCUCUCACCUCCUCCUCCUUUUUCGAAAUAGACUCACACAGAAAGUCGGCGUGACACAACAAUGACGACUAUGCAAAUCCACUGUUCCUACUGUGCUAGUUGGCCGCUGAAGAACGUCCCCCCAUGUCCUUGUCUCCACGCACUGUACCUUCUUCAGGGACUGUGACCUGACUGACCCAGUUUAAAAAGCAAUAGCAGGAGAGAUCCCAUUUCGCUCCCACAUGUGAUUGCAGUAUCUUAGUAUUUUAUGUACCUUCUGAUCUAAUCAAGUCAGCUGGACAAUCAGUCAGUCAGUUAAAGCUAAACUCUAUGUGAUCUGUUGUUUUGUGUUUCGAGGGUCCAUAUUGCUUCAAUAAAAUGACCAUUUUUG